CCCAUACACGCUUGUACAUAACGUUUGAUUGUGCCGACGAUCGUUUCGUUCUUGCAGAGAGCGUACCUGUGUUAUUAUGAGAGCUGGAGCUAUGAAGUACAACAAAAAGAAAUUCGUACACUGUGCCAUACUGGGAGAUGGCAUGGUGGGGAAAACGUGCCUUACACUGUCGUACACCCAGAAGGCUUUCAUGGAAAAUUAUACUGCCACAGUUUUUGAAAAUUAUGCAGUGCCUCUGACGGUUGGGGGAGAGGAGUUUGUAAUCAGCAUGUUUGACACUGCAGGACAGGUGGGCUUUGAAAGUCUGCGCGCCUACACCUACAAAGAAUCCGAGGUGCUGCUUCUGUGUUUCUCCGUCUGCGAACGACAAUCCUUCACGAGUAUUGUCGAUCUUUGGAUUCCCGAGAUCAAGCGACACACAAAGCGGAGACGACCGGUGAUCCUCGUCGGAACUCAGAUUGACCUCCGGAGCGGCUACGAAGACCAAGUUUCCUUCGAAGAAGGCGCGAAACUGUCCAAAGAGAUUGGCGCCGACUGCUACAUUGAAUGUUCGGCACAGAGCCGGGAAGGACUUAACGCCGUCUUCGAACACGUUAUCUUUUCUGCCCUCAAGUACAGGAAGAAAAAAAGCAACAUAAUUAAUCGCAUCUUUGGACUUCGUUGAUGCUGAAUCAGAACUGAAAUAUCUUCUGUGGUAUUUUCCUUAUCAUCUGUGUGCUUCCCAGAGCACCCUCAAUAAUCAUCCGCCGAUCGGCACCGAUGAUCACAGAAAGUCCACUCCACGAAUCUCAUUCUGUGAUCUAUUUAUAUCCAGCGGUGUAUGCCCCCGGACGUGAGACAUCCCCCAGUGACUACAGCGACGACGAGCGACGCUAACGUUCGCAGACUAUUUGACAGGUUCCACCCGGUAUGGUCAUUCGGUCGUCUGCUCUGGCGUUCUGCCGCUAUCAAAAAAGAGACCCCAUAACUGACCUACGGAAGGAGUUGCCUGCGUGACCAUGACCUUCAAUGUUACGAGUGACGUCAUCAAUCAAACAUCCUUGAUGUCUGUGGCAUUAGUCACAAUCAUUAUCACUACUUUAACAAAUCAACAGAGAAUAUGUUAAUACAUGCUGGUGCCCGCGGGCGAAAUAUGACACUGAACAAUUUACUCAUGAAUACAUGCAUGAUUGUUUCCAAUCCAUUUAUGUCCGGUGCAUUUUGCUAAACGUCUAUCAAUGACAUUCCAAGCGCUCAGAAAAGGAUUUUUGAAAUACCAACGUCAAUAAAACUUCUCACUAAAAUGUGCCCUGUCCAGUUCCACCUUUUGAACCCCUCUACCACCACCACCCACCCAAUAGGCUUUAUGUUGUGAUAAUUCGAAGAUGUCUAAAUUGUAGGGGUUUUUUCCAAUUAGCCCUGGCCGUCUGAUCGUAGUAGUAAAAAAAAAAAAAAAAACCCCACCCCACAAACACACACACACACAUUUUGGCAAAUCAAUUAAACCAUCAAAUCCCGUCUCUCCGUCCCAUCGAUAUUUUACAAAACACUUUCAAGGUGGACCCGGGACACACGGGCCAACUUCCAAAAAGGGCACCCCAAUCAAUUUAUGUUUGGCAUUCAUGAAAUGAAAAUUUUAAACAAGCUGUUGGACCCGCCCUUUGAUUGCGAUGAUGGGUGUAAACAAUUUUGUUUUGUGUUGUAGACCGACCUCUAAAUAAUUUUAGACUUCAUUACCUUAUGUUUCGACUUUUUCGGUAAGGUAUGUAAUCUCUGGAAUAUUUAAUGUGCGUGAUUUUUUUUAAUUAAAUAAACGUAAACUACGACGUCCCCCACCCCCAUUUUUUUAUUUUUUUUAUUUUUUUUAUUUUUUUAACAUCAAUUUAAAUUAUUUUAGUUUAUGACCAAAAUAAAAACUUGUAUAAUAUCUCGUUUUUACCUCAUGCAUGCAAGGGUGGGCGAGUAGGCGUAUAGUGGGUCAAACUAACCCAGUUGACAAUGGGGCGUUGUCGUACCUAGUACUCGACUGGUAUUCCCACGGCUUCGACAGUGACUCAUUAAAAUUAUACACUAAUAUUGUAUUAAAGCCUUGCCAAUGUAUCGUUAUAGUCUACUUCGUACAGAGUUAUAUAUAUUUUACGUACGUACAGAUUAUUUUUAUUUUUAAAACGGAACCUAAAUUCGGGUCAAAACAAGCUGACACUGCAUGUAAAACUUGUUCCACUCGUCAAACAGGAGUAUAAUUUAAAAUGGGUGUUACUAACUUAGAAAAGUGUAACAGAAGUCAGAUGGAAAAUUGGAUGUAGUGAUAUUGUAAACUGUUGUUCGUGCGUGUAAUUUAUUCAAAGAAUGUUGUGUAAGGGUGUAUGCUUAUACGUGUAGUAUUUAUUAUCUUAGUUUCACUGUGUGUGGCGACAGCAUCCGUUCUCGUGUUGCAAACUAAAUUCUGUGUGUGUGUGUGUGUGUUUGUGUGUGUGUGUGUGUGUGUGCACAUUGUGGACUGCGAUACAGAAAUGUAUUUUACAUUUAUAUGUGCUGCUGGUCAGCUUUGUCUUGUAUUUGCAAUAAAAUGAACUUAUUCCUUGA